AUGCCCCCCGCUCGCUGGAGCCUCCAGCCCUCUAUCCCGUGGCCCGGGAAUAGCAAAGUCCCCAUUGUUGAACAUUCAAUCAACUCCGUCAGGAAAGUUCACUACCCUAUUCCGCCGAUGGACGGCACUACGAGCGAAACAACUUCAUCGCCUUCUGCCAAUGGGCUUAAAAGGGUCUUUACAAGGCCGAAUCGCAGCAAGACCUCCCUCAGCGAAGUCGAUGGCUCCACAUCUGUUCGAAGUCCCGCACCUUCAGUCGAGUCGAACCAUGAACCCCCGCGCCCUUCAACUAGCGGGGCAGGUGGGGGUGAGGGGAAUAAUUAUGAUGGCCCUCCUACUGGCAUCUCGAAGUUGAUUUCAGGGGCACGGCGUCGACGCAAGAAAAAAACUAUGGGAAUGGAAAAUCCCAUCCUCCAAGGUGGCGGGGAUGGAACGGAACUGCAACGUAUCCCCAAUGAAGAUGGCGCAUCUCUGUCAAUGAGCAGGAAUCAUAGUAGCUCAACAGUAGAUAGUACAGACCAUGGCGCAAGUAACGGGUCAGACCCUGGAAGACGUACGUCUCCUGAUUUAGGACUCCAUCUGGAUUCGCGUCAAACUGCUUCAUCCCCUCUAAUAAUCACGACUAACGCUCCCCCCGAUCCAGCGGAAGCUACGUCGGAUUCCAAUGCGACAUCCGAUACAGCCGCCGAUAUAAGUCGACAUCUAGCCCAUGCUGCAACUACGGGGGAUAUGGGAGUUUACUCCAGGUCAUCCAGUGCAGACCGAAAGAAUCAGAACCUGAAAAACCAGUUCAGCCCUAACACUGCGAAAAAAAGCCGCAGCCCAAGCCCUGACCUGGAUAAAUCACCGUUGACGAAAAGCGGUAAAAGCCUUUUCAAGACUAGGUCAAGAAGGUCAAGCACUUCGGCUAAAAAUAGUCCAAAGCCUUCGGAAGAGGUCCCUCCUGUACCGCUUUCAACACCCCGACAUGUAGCAACGUCGAAUAUUUCCUCUACCUUCACCUCUAAAUCACCGCAUGUGACCUCAGUUCCCCCGAGCCCUUCUUCCGCAGCUGUACCCGACCUCGUAACAACUGUGACUCCACCAACUCCAGCUGGUCAUCGUUCCCAAAGCCCAGCGCUGCCGUCUACAAAUUUCGUGGAAGAUAGUGACUCCGCCAUAAAUUUCCCCAACUUACCUCCUAAUGCCGUUGUGAGCUCUUCAGGCAAUAUGAUAUCCCAUAGACGAGUUCGUUCCGCAUCUGCUGCUCAUAGUCCCAGUAAACUUUCGAAUUCCAUGACCGCUCCAUUAACACCAACUGUAGAAGAUUCUAAGACUGCGCAGGGGUUCUUUUCCUCCAUGCUCUCUGCGGCCCAGAAUGCCGCCUCUAACUUUGGAAACAGUUUGAAUAGUCAAGCUCGCGCACAGCCCGCCCCACAGCCUGUGGAGCUAGAUAACCCAAACAUUAGUGGACCUAACACCGAAGCAGCUGCAGAUCCACCACAAGACGACGAUACAUCAGAGAAAAAGGAAUUGGCCGUGGAAACGCUCGGGAUGGGUGAAUUAAAUUUUAGCCAUCUUGGGAUUGACGCAUCAGCGGGCGGGGAGAUCACCACUAAAGAUGGUGUUGUGUUUACGAAAACCGAAACUACUAGCCGCCCUCGUAGAGCAACUGCAUCCCAGAGGGAUGAAAUCUCUGCAAGGAUAGAAGAUAUGCGUGCGGCUCAUGCAGUAUCCAUGGCGUAUGAAAAGCCGGCGGAUGGGCCAUCUACGUCUCAACCGGCCCCUGAACUACUCCGCACAGGUACUCCUUCCAGCACCCCGUUUAAUGGCCUCGCAAAGGGCAGUACUGGCGAACAAACCCCCCCAAGUGGCAGUAUUUUCGAAGGUGAAACCGGUGCUGGUGUCCAGCGCAGUGGUAGCGUACGUAGUCGCCUGGCACGCAGACAUCGAGGAUCAUCGAGUGCAACAAUUGGUCCGCUUGGGGCGGCAGGGCUUGGCUUGGGCAUUCCCGGCGCCAAUACCAGUGCUCCACGUUUGACAGGCUUUGCUGUUGCAAGUAAAAAGCGAAAUCGCGACUUUCACCAGCUAUUUAGAAGUGUUCCAGAGGAUGAUUACCUCAUCGAAGACUAUAGUUGUGCUCUCCAACGAGAAAUCAUCCUGGCUGGCCGCAUAUACAUAUCAGAAGGCCAUAUCUGCUUCUCGAGUAACAUCCUCGGCUGGGUGACGACUUUAGUGAUCAGUUUCGAUGAAAUAAUAGCCAUUGAGAAGGAAUCUACCGCUGUUGUUUUUCCAAACGCAAUCGCAAUCCAAACUUUGCAUGCGCGACAUACGUUUCGAAGUCUCUUGAGUCGGGAGGCUACCUAUGAUUUGAUGGUUAAUAUCUGGAAAGUCAACCACCCGACACUCGAGAGUUCACUUAAUGGCACUCGAAUAGAACAGGGCUCUGGUGACAAAACGGAAAAGGCCGAUGAGAGUGAUGCUGCAAGUGAGGGCCCUUCUGACGAGGAGGAUGAGAUAUACGACGAAGAUGAGGAGGAUGAGGGCACCAAUUUUUUGGACGCUGUUGAUGCAGGUAUUGCUAGCAGCGAUAAAUCGGAGCCCCAGAAAGGAAUCAGUCGCAAAGGAUCCAACAUUCCACUGGCCGGGUCUUACUCGAUUCCCCAAGCUCCAUCCAAAAGUGAGGCGAAAGCGCCAGAAAAAGGAGCUGCUGCGUCAACUUCUUCUCUUCCACCAUUUCCCGGCCCUGCUACUCAUGCUCCAACGGAGUUUACAGACCCCUCCGGCCGCUAUGAUAAAGUAAUAAAAGACGAAAUAAUACUGGCACCACUAGGCUUCGUUUAUACUCUUGUUUUUGGCCCUGCAUCUGGUUCAUUCGUACCCAAGUUUCUUCUCGAUUACCAGAAAGUGACUGAUCUGCAAUUUGAAGAUGACCAAAAGGGGCUAUCUAUGGACAACAAAACUCGAUCGUAUUCGUAUACAAAGCCACUGAAUGCGCCUAUCGGACCGAAGCAAACGAAGUGUACUAGUCACGAGAAUUUAGACUUCCUUGACUUGGAGAAAGCUGUUUUGGUUACGUUGACGACACAAACUCCUGAUGUGCCAAGUGGAAAUAUUUUCUGUGUGAAAACCAAAUACUUGUUUACAUGGGCAGUUAAUAAUGCCACCAGAUUCUAUAUGACUUGCACCAUAGAAUGGUCCGGCAAGAGUUGGCUCAAAGGUCCUAUCGAAAAGGGUGCAAAUGAUGGUCAGACAACAUAUGGAAAUGACCUAGUCAAGGCGCUUAGAGCUGGAGUAGCUCCCCCGUCGCGUAGCCCAACCCUUCCAAAGAGCGCUGGGAAGGGAGCCAGAGGAAAACGGAAGCAAGCAAAUACUGGCCGAUUUGAAAACGGUGCUGGCGCGAAGGCUGCUUCAGAAUCUGGGAGACAACAAGCUGAAAAUUGGGGAAUGCUGGAACCUCUACGUGGUCCUCUUGGCCCGAUAGUCCACAUUUUCCAGCCCUUUUGGAGUGGUAAUGUCGCUGCUGGCGUUAUAGCUAUGGUAUUGGUGAUGAUUUGGUUCCGCAGCCCGCCUCCAUCUCGCCUUGGACCAUCAGGGGUGGGUUCUCCCUUGCUUUCCAUCCCAGAGCGAAUUGUUGCGUACGAGGAGCUUUGGCAGCGAGAGGAAAGCGAACUAUGGAAUUGGUUGGAGGAGAGAGUUGGCAUGGACGGUCUCGCAUACCCUAUCAUAAACUCUGUUCCAUCUUCCGACGAAUCCGAGAAAGUCGGCCAUUCAAGAACUGAAAGGCAGCGGCGAAGGAUGCAACCAAUGAGUGAAAAAGAGCUCAAGACUCGCCUGAGGAAUGAGAAAAUGACGGAACGGGAGAUAGAGGACGCCAUCAUCAUAACGCAACAACGGCUUGAUAUGCUCAAGGCUGUUAUGAAGCGGAAACGCGAUGACGAAUGA